AUGUGUGGUAAGGGAAACAAGCCCAUUGACAAUUGGCACAUCCCCAAGUUAGAACUCAUGCAGAGCAUUGUACCAAGUGUGAAGCAUGUUGGGGUCACCAUCCAAUGGACUGCCAAUGUAACUGAACAUGCCCAUGUAUUGGAGAUCAAGACACCCACAUCAGCUAGCAAUAACAAUAACCAUGAUCCUCAAAUUUGCUUGUACCUUGAUCAUGCUGAAAAAUGUAGGACAUUUGAACUUGCAACAUCAUUAUAUGAAUUGAAGACUCACUCCCAUGGUUGUGUGGAAGAAAAGUCCUUGGAGGUUGAGGAUGGGAGUUCUGAUGAUGGUGACAGUGAGAUCAGUGAUUGCGAAGAGGCAAAUCUAGUUUCCAAGAUGCCAGGUCCCAUGCAGCCUGUCACUGAUUACUUUGCCAUCUCUGCACACCUCAGGACCCAGGAUCCAGACUCCAUUCCCUUCCCCUUGUGUAGUUUUAUUGCAGAUGGUACAGUGAUCAACCUUUCCUAUGACCCACCCUUGCAAUGCAUUAGUGUUGAUGGUGCUGCUGAGAAGUUUGGUCUACUUGACCUCCAAGCCACCCUUGUUGAUUUUCUAAAUCAUGAGAAGGUUUGGUACAAGAUGUGGCUGCAGAACAUGGCGAUACAUGAUAUCACAGACAUCCUCCCUGCCCAGACUCUCUUCUGUUCUCCACCUUGCGAGACCUGGACCCUUGGCUGCUAUGAUGCAUCUAUCAUCAACAUGGACCCCCAUUUCAAAUGGCCAGAGAGUGGCCUGAAAGGUCAUGUUGUUGGCCAGCUCUGUCUCCUGAUGCACCCUUUUGGCAAGAGGGGGGCAUGCAAAGAGAGUGAAUGGCCAACAUCUUGGUGA